GCUACCUUGUAUGGAAACAAGACGGAACCUCCUGCCAAGUCACUAGUCACUGUUCGUUAUUGAUAACAACAUUGUUCUUUUCUUAUCAACUAUCAACACUUCAGAAAAGAAACUUUUAUCAGUUUUACACGACGCUAACAAAUCUUCUGGAUACCUUGUCGGACGAUAGGGAAUUAGAAGAAAUCGUUUCAGGCUUUUUCUUUUUCAAAUGACAGUGCAAGAUUAAUCGGACAAAUGGAUUUACUACGUACUUACUUGGUGGCUAUAGCUGUGUGUGUCAUUGGAUCGGUUCUUUCUCAAAACACCUCAAGUGGUGAUGUGAACACUGAGAGCACGGAGGAGACAACGUCUACUACAACGCUAGAUCCUGAGUCUUCCACAUCCUCGCAUGCAGAUACGGGAACUACAGCUCCUUCAACGACAGAUACGGAGUUCACAACGAUUUCCUUUGCAAACACGGCCACUACAACAGUAGUCACACCAGUGGCCGUUACUCCUGGUGGCGGUGUGAACACUGAGAGCACGGAGGAGACAACGUCUACUACAACGCUAGAUCCUGUGUCUUCCACAUCCUCGCCUGCAGAUACGGGAACUACAGCUCCUUCAACGACAGAUACGGAGUUCACAACGAUUACCUCUGCAAACACGGCCACUACAACAGCAGUCACACCAGUGGCCGUUACUCCUGUGUCUUCCACAUCCUCGCCUGCAGAUACGGGAACUACAGCUCCUUCAACGACAGAUACGGAGUUCACAACGAUUACCUCUGCAAACACGGCCACUACAACAGCAGUCACACCAGUGGCCGUUACUCCUGUGUCUUCCACAUCCUCGCAUGAAGAUACGGGAACUACAGCUCCUUCAACGACAGAUACGGAGUUCACAACGAUUACCUCUGCAAAUACGGCCACUGCAACAACAGUCACACCAGUGGCCGUUACUCCUGUGUCUUCCACAUCCUCGCAUGAAGAUACGGGAACUACAGCUCCUUCAACGACAGAUACGGAGUUCACAACGAUUACCUCUGCAAAUACGGCCACUGCAACAACAGUCACACCAGUGGCCGUUACUCCUGUGUCUUCCACAUCCUCGCAUGAAGAUACGGGAACUACAGCUCCUUCAACGACAGAUACGGAGUUCACAACGAUUACCUCUGCAAAUACGGCCACUGCAACAGCAGUCACACCAGUGGCCGUUACUCCUGUGUCUUCCACAUCCUCGCAUGAAGAUACGGGAACUACAGCUCCUUCAACUACAACAGCAGUCACACCAGUGGUCGUUACUCCUGUUUCAGUGAACAUCACAGGGAAGUGCAACCAAACGGACGAGACAUACAUCAGUGACAACACAUCAGUAGUGGUGGGGUGUAUUUUCAGCAGUUACCCUUCCAGGAAUCUCAACAUUACCUGCCAGAGAGGAGACACCUUGAUGUCAACAUCUAGCAGAAUAUUCUACAAAACUGGACGUGAAAAUUUUUUGUUUUCUGUUCAGCUGAAAUUUAUUCCAAUCUUGCGCCGCGACAGAGGUAACUAUAGCUGCAAGGCAACAGUGGGUGAGUCAUCUCUGGAGAUACCCUUCUCUAUCCUGGUGUAUGAAGGCCCGACUGUGACGCUGUCACCGUCCACUUUGUCCCUGCAGGAAGGGGAUCAGAGGAACUUCACCUGCCAGGUUAACAACGCACUUGCUGUGAAGACGGUCCCGGGGAGUCUGGUCUGGUGCCAGGCAGAUGUAGUCAUCACAGACCCAUCGAAGAUCGUGAGAGUGGGGGAUGGGAUGGAGAUUCUGAUGAUGAACUCGUCCGAUGCAGAUGGAGUCUACAAGUGUGGUGUCAUCAACUGUACGGAAUCAGCAACGCUUGUUAUGAUAGGACAGGAAGACAAGUUUUGCACAGGAACCACCGACACCAGAGGAACAGUGUGGCCUCUGACUGUCGGUAAUACGACGAUGGUGCUGCCGUGUCCUGGGAGAUUUCUAGGUAAAGUUCAACGUGUCUGUGACGUCACUGGGGAGUGGGGAGAACCAAACUACAUAAACUGCACGAGAGAAGAGAUAGCUCAGAUAGAGGAAGAGGUGGCUGCAAUCACCGAGGGAACUGUGUCCAGUGAGGCUGUCAAGAAUGUGCUUGAGAACCUACAGAAUGCCACCCAGAACAACGACUCCUCCGCAGGAGAUCUGGACAAAUCCAUUGACAUCGUGGACAAACUUGUCUCUGCAGUGAGCGGGUCAAACACCAUUGUUAUUGAUAUUACGGCUACACAGACUUUCAUCAACGUGAUUGACAACAUACUGUCUGUGAAUACAAGUCAGCAAGCCUGGAAGCAGCUUCAGCUUUCUGAUGAAAAAAAGGUGUCGUCACUGAUGAAAUCAGUCACAUCCUUCGGCUUGGCGGCUGCUAAAUCACAGGCAGUCAACACACCUUUGAGUGUCAAUAGUUCAACUUUGGUGAUGGAGGUAGCGAACAUCACAAAGCAGGAUAUUAUCUUUCCCUUUGUGAACCUGGAGGAGAUUGGGGACUCUCUCAGACUUCCCAAGGAGAACUUCCGCACCUCAGAAAAGAUAACAUACGUUGCAGCGUAUUACAGAACAAUGACAGAGUUCCUACCGCCCAAUAACUCCAGCGGAGGCGUCGCCAACGACAAAAAUGUCAAUUCUCGUAUACUGGCCCUUGCUGUUGAAAUUGAUGGCGACGACUUCUCGGAUCUCAAUAUGAACGUAUCCCUUAAUUUCCACAGUAUAGAGACGAACUACUCAGAACCAGCCUGUGGAUACUGGGAUUUUGAUAAAGGUUCCUGGUUGACGGACGGAUGCACAAGCACUGAAGUUAACGAGUCCUUCACAAGAUGUGACUGCAACCACCUCACCAACUUCGCCAUUCUGAUGAGCCCAGGCAGGACUGUGCCUGAGGAAGACCUGAACGUACUGAAGAUUAUCUCCAUAGUAGGCUGUUCCCUGUCUAUCCUGGGCUGUGUGGUGACAGUGCUGACACACGUGUGUUUGUGGAGCUAUGUCCGUUCCUCCAAGUCCGUCAUCCUGCUGAACCUUUGCGUGGCGUUGACCUGCGCCUACAGCGUCUUCCUGGCUGGCGUGGAGCGGACGGAGAACAAGGCCGUGUGUACAGCCGUGGCGGCCAUGUUGCACUACUUCUUCCUGGCAGCCUUCUCCCUCAUGUUUGCCCAGGGUGUAGACAUCACCCUUCAGGUGGUGCAUGUCUUCAGGGAGCCUUCCAAGCUGAAGAUCGUGCUGCCUCUAGCCUGGGGUGUGCCAGCAGUUAUAGUGGGUAUUACUCUGGGGGUCACCAGGCUGGAGGGAUACGGAAAUGACCAGUUCUGCUGGUUGACUGUGACAGACGGUGUGCUCUAUGCCUUCGUUGGACCAGUUCUCUUUGUCGUACUUGCUAACUCCGUGAUAAUCAUAAUCAUCCUACGGGCGCUGUGUUCAACAAAGUUGAUGGUUACUAAGAGAAGGAGAGAGAGGGCUACGACAACGGUUCGAAGCCUGUGUGUUCUGAUGCCAGUUCUCGGUGUUGCGUGGGUGUGUGGUGUUCUGGCCAUCAACAACUACACCGUUAUCUUCCAGUAUCUCUUUGCCAGCUUCAAUUCCUUGCAGGGAUUCCUGAUUUUCAUAAUGCACUGCCUUUUCAACAGAGCGAUAAUCGACGGGGUGCGAAAGGCGAAAGCUCGCUACGAAACCAACAAAACAACAUCAAAAUCGCUACCUGAUUCACGGAAUAAUUGGAAGUAUGAAGAAAAACCGAAGAAUCAAAAGGAAAUGACAGAGAUUCCUACCGACUACGACUCCGUCUCCGACUCCGACUCCUACUCCGACGACCAGUCUGACAAGGCGUCGGCACUGAGGUUGAAGAAGAUGUCGCAAGACAACGACGCCUGGCAGAAAGCUGCAUACAACAACAGGGCGUACCUGCCGCGCCCCCAGGUGCGACUGGAGGAGCAGAUGAUGCCGAGUCAGGAUUAUUCAGAGAGUUCCGGGGACAACAUCGAGGAAUGUUUUCCAGACUAUCCAGCAGAACAAACUUACAGAAAUCCUGUUUUCAUAGGCAACGAUGACGACAACGAACCUGCCGUUUUGAAGAUAGCCAGACCUUCGUAUAAGACUCACUUAUAGACAGAUGGCCUUUACGGCGCUGCAAGUACACACACUACGUUGGGAGAAUGACCCGAUCAUCGUUUAAGUCUUCUUUGAUUAUCGAUGACCUGACAUAUGGUCAGGCUGGAUGUCUCCUUUCAAUGGAGCUUAAAAGUCACACUUCGGGUUAUUGUUACAGGGUAUUAUUAAGGGAUUAUGUAAACAUAUAGUUUAUAACGUAUAAUGUUGUUUAAAGUCGCCGUCGGUGCUAUUCAAGCUAUAUCACGGCUUCUUGUAAGUGAGGUGAGGUGAGGUAAAAUGGGGUUUAACGUCGCGUCC